AAUGAUUGCUCUUGCUGUGUAGCUCAGCGUCUCGUUGAAAACAUGAGGUAGUUGACAUUGGAGGACGCUGUGUUAGUGCUGUGUUGAUCAGGGUGAUUUGAGCUCAGUGAUGCAUGAUGUAUCCAGAAAGGACGGCAGCAAUUAAAUCAGGAUGUCAAAGAUCAGUUAAACACCCAACGGGACCCUUCUGCACCAGAGUCCUCUGGGGUUUUGCCCCCUUCCCAUGUGUCUUUGCAGCUGACAGCACGGUCUCAGAUGUGCCCACAGAGAAUCUGGGUCCGCUGCCACGAUACAUCGGCAAACCAGAGCUUCCAGAACACGGCUGGGAGCGGAUUAAAGAGCUGUUUGAUAGAGAUGAGAUGCAGACUUAUUCAGAGGAGGUCACCAACAUUGUAAAGAGUGCAGUAAUGGCAGCUGCAGUAGGGAUGAUGUACGGCGGGUUACCAGCUGCAAGAGCUGCCAGAGAACGUUUUAUCCAGCAGAGCCAGGCAGAGGUGUUCCGGCACCGCGUAGAGGCUGUGAGGUCGGCACACAACGCUGCAAUCCGAGGGUUCAUACGGUACGGCUGGCGUUGGAGUUGGAGGGUGGCUGCUUUUGUCACAUUGUUCAAUUCUAUGAGCACUGGUCUGUCUGUGUACAGAGAUAAGUACGUGCUUAGUCACUACUCUGCAGCAGGAGCCAUUACAGGGGGAUUGUUUAGAGUGAACUUGGGGUUAGGUGGCAUGUUAGCCGGCACAGCCAUCGGAGCAGUACUAGGUAUUCCAGCUGGAGUGCUAAUGAUGGCAAUGCAGAAGGCUGCUGGCGAAACCCUUCGAGAGAGAAAGAGGAGGGAGCAGAGAGAGAUGUAUGAGCUGAAGCUUGCUGAAUGGAGUGCCAGGCUUCAUGUAACAGAAGGACUCAUUGAUGAAAUGGACAGUAAAAUAGAGGAGAAUUCAACAGAGUCAGACCUGGAAACAAUUGAGGAACUUUUAAACCUUCCAAGAAAUCAAGAACUACCUGGGGACUCUGGCAAGAAAUGAAGCUGGUUACAUCAGAAAUGAAGCCGGUUACAUCAGAAAUGAAGCCGGUUACAUGGGGCUGUUUAAUUUUAUGACAAGUGGAAUCUGUCAUAACACUGUCACGACACGGUACAGUUUUGAUAAACAGAUGUCACAUAGGCUCUCAUUCAUAGCACACAACCUGACGAUGACUAACAACUCAUUCUUUUGAAGUAAUAUGCUGAACGAAAGAGAGUUAAUUUGUCAUUGUUUUUUUUUUUUUUUUUUAAAUCCAGGACCUUAAAAGGAUAAAUCCCAAGUAUGUGUCACAUGGCUGUAACUAGAGGAUUCAUCUUUUGUUGCUCAGAUAUGGCCAUUCAAAUAUAUCUCCCUAACUUCUUAAACAAAACCAUCAUCUGUUAUGAAAAGCUUGUCAAUAUGGACUAAUACUUAAUUCAUCAAAUCCCUUUGAUUAGAAAGGUUUGACCCUCUGGCACACAAGUGCAACCUGAAGAACGCAAUUCAUCAUAACUAGGAGGGGUUGUAAUAAUAAUAGUAAUACAUUUUGAUGGAGACCCUUCAUAUCUGUCAUAACUUGGUUGAAGCUUUAGCCAGUAAAUUGCGUCUUGGUAGGCAUUAUUCAUAACAAAUAAAUCAUUUGCAAGAAAAA